AACAAGAAGUGUUCCACCGAAUCAUUUGUGGAAGAGCCUCUACCGGCAAAUUGCGCAUUAACACCAGCAGAACCUAGCGCUAGAGAUUCGUAACUCUUGUUAUUGGAUGAAACUGUUCAGAUUUGCCGCGAUUUACAAUCCAAGCGUGAAAAAAGUAAAAGUGAAAUGGAUCGAUCUGAUGCUGUUUCUCCUUUAACUGAGCUGCCCCCAGAGCUAAUUUAUUCCAUUUUCGAAUAUCUUGAUCUCUGGUCGUUGAAAGCAGUUUCACUAACAUGCCAUAGACUGGGGGAAAUGUUUUCUGACUACUGUGCUCGUCGGCUGGUGCUGAGCAUCCGUGAUAAAAGAACAUGCUUUAUAGCCCAUCCAUCCUUGAGAGUAAUUGCUAAAAAGGUGGAAGAGGCAACCAUUUUGCUAGAGAGUACAAAACGUCGCUAUCGCCGAGUUCAUCUCGAUGUGCAGUAUGAUCCUAAGACUGGUAGCAUCGAUCAUAUGCAAGCCGUACUCGACAAGAUUCUAGCAGUGCGCUUGAUGCAGGAUCUGGUCGAACUGAAGCUUGAAUUAUCAUCGGUAUCAGAGAAUAUGGCAGUACAGUUGACGCACACGGUGACUAAGAUGGACAGCCUGAAGGAGCUAGUCAUCCGUGAAGGGAAAAGUAACAAUCCAUCCGCUGUCUGUCAGCUGUACGUUGUCAACCGUUCGCUACAUAAGCUGACGUUGGUCUAUAUUUGGCCCGGCACGAUUAAUUGUCCCAAUUUGCGAUCCCUGGAAGUAGUGGCGAAAAUAGAUGUAGAAACCAUUUUAGGCAAACAGUAUGCACUGCAUGGUAACGAGGAACCGUACUGGAAGUUGAAGCAUCUGAAAGAGUUUGUCAUUCAUUCACAAUUUGUCGAACAUGAAACUGUUUCCGGUAACUCCCGGAAACAAACAGUGGCCUAUAGGAGUAUGUUUUAUCGGCACUUAACACAGCUUAAGAAAUUGCAUAUUUUCUUUUUCACGCUACCAGAUGAGGUGCUGCAGGCCAUCGGCGAAUCAUGCGUCCAACUGGAGAACCUGUCGGUCGCGCACCUGCUCAGUUCCAAUCCGGAAUUAUUGCGGUCUUUAUCGAAUCUAGUUAACCUGCGACAGUUGGUAUUAUCAGGGUCUAAUUGCGGUGUAUUAUUCGAUUGCUUUUGCUUGCCCUAUCUGAAUAGACUUAUUAUCAACUGUAACAUUGACUGGCCAUCGUUAGCGAGACUUCAAUCGAUUAAGUCGCUUAUGAUAAAACUCGAACCCUCUAACGUGAAUCAAAUAUGUGAUCUUUUUGUUCGACAUGUGCGUCAGCUACGAUUUUUAUGGUUGCAGUUUGAAAUUGGUUUAAACAUCCGCCAGUGGUACCGAGAAAUAUUCGCAGCGCUCAGUAAGCUUCCUGAGCUGGAAAUGCUUGCAUUACAAACCGUUGCAGAAUUGGAUUACCUCCAAGAAAUGGUACCAUUAGAAAAGCUCACCCGGCUCGUUGUAUACGACACUCUACCGAGAGGACAGCCGGUUUUGCCGGUCGAUGUUGCAAAACGAGUCCCCAAAGUAGAUAGAAUCGAUGUUCCUUCCUCAGAACAGUUUAGCAAAGAAAUGAUACAUCACUUUGGGAGUAAUAUUUACGUAGCUUAGUUUAGUUUGAAGCCUCAAUGAAUGAGA